AUGACUGACGAAAGUGUGCCGCGUGUGAUUGUUUUUGACCUAGACGGAACGCUAUGGGCUCCGGAGAUGUAUGAAUUGUGGGGUGGUGGUGGGGCGCCGUUUAAGGUGGACCCCAAAGACCCAAACACAGCCAUUGAUAGGGCCGGGACUAAAGUACGCUUUCUUGGGGAGACACGGGAGCUGCUGCAGAAACUUUCUACCGAUCCGAAAUGGAGCUCCACGUCUCUGGCAAUUUCAUCUACAUGCGAUGAGCCCCGCUGGGCAAUGGAGCUCCUGCACCUCUUUCAGUUUACCGACAGCUCUGGAAAAGAGGUGCCGAUGCUCACACUGUUUGGGGACCUUGUAGAGAUUUACGCCGCAAACAAGGCAAGCCACCAUCGCACGAUUCUGCGCAAGCUACAGGAGAGGGAUCCAAGCAUUAAAAGUGACUUUUCGCAAUUCAUAUUUUUUGACAACCAAACGAACAACGUUGCGAACGUCUCCUCGAUUGGCGUGACGAGUGUGCACUGCCCGAGAGGCAUGCUGGCGGGCGUGUUUCAGCGGGGAAUACAACAGUGGCGGGAAAAGCAAAAGAAGUGUGCCUUGUAA